CAAAGCUCACUCGUUCUCUCUUUAUUCCUCUAUUCCAUCCAUUGCACUUUCAUCGACCAUUUCCAUAGACCUUCGCUAUUAUUUAGAGUUGUUAUUUUUAUUUUUCGCGUCAAAUGACCGAUCCGUUCCCACCGUACAUCCGACCAGGCAGCGACUCGCCAGGGCUGUUCGAGCCAGACACGUCCACAUCCACACCCACAACGCCAACCACAGCCGCUUCACGACGCUUGGACGAGGUUUUUGUGCGGCGGAGCGAGUCGUCGUCGUCCUUGAGAUCGGCCAUGAUGUCGCAUCCGCAGCACCAGCAUCAGCAGCACCAGCAGGCAGCAAGCUCGUCGUCGGCGUCCAGCCCACGGAGCGGGUCCUUGAAGCAAGUGUCCGUGUCAGACUCGGUCGUCGAAAUCCGCCCCAGCGGCACCAGCAACACCAAUAGCAAUAGCAGUAGCAACACCAAUAGCAAUAGCAACAGUGGCAGUAAACCGCUGCUUCCUGUCGAUGGUAACAGCCAGACGUCGCUGGUGAAGCGGCUCUCCAAAGCAAAGCUGCACGACGUGUACAUGACGAGUCGUCUCGAGGCAUAUAGCGACUCGAUUUUUGGUGUCGCCGCUACAUUGAUGGUCCUGCCAUUGCAAGUCACCAAGCCGCUUCCUGAUGAUACAGACUUGGAGCACUUUUUGUACAGCAUGCUCCCGCAAUUUCUCAUUUACCUCUCAUCCUUUACAAUCAUUGCAAACAUGUGGGCUUCUCAUGUGCGCUUGUUCCGCUUGAUCAAGCAUGUGGACGACAUUGUGACUUGGAUCAACCUGUUCGUCUUGCUGUUUACUUCCUUUAUCCCGUUCUCGUGCACACUGCUGGGCCGCUACAGCUCUUCCACAAUAGCAGUCGUGAUUGCCUCGUUGAACCUGCUGAUUGUCGGUGGGUCGCAGCUGCUGAUGGUGCGGUACGUGUCUUCACGGCCGCAUUUGCUUUCAUUCCUCGCUCGCAAAGCGUUUAACAGCAGUCCGCGCGGCGUGUGGAUCCAGUGCUUGCCGCUUUUGGUGAUUCCGACGCUCUGCAGCCUCGCUCUGAUCAGCGCCUUCAUUUCUGUCUAUGCUGGCUGGGCGUUCCUGAUCUUGCUGCUCAUGACGCCGGCAAUCAACUAUUCGGGAAAUCGCUACAUUCGCCGCCGCUACAACACGGUGCUGCUGCUGGUCAACGACUCGCCCUUCCGCGACGGAGCCCUCGAUCUGGCGCGUCUGCAGGGUUUUGCUGACGGCGUGUUUAGCUUGGCCGCCACCCUGCUCGUCCUUACCGUGGAGGUUCCAAGCACUCAGGACACUGACAACGCAGGGCUGGUUGGCGUGCUCGAGAACCUGUGGCCGUCCUAUCUGUCGUUCGUGGGAUCGUUCAUGUUGGUGGCUAUUCUUUGGCACGUCCACCAUGUCAUCCACUUCAACGUCGAGCGGUGCACCACGCUGAUGGUGGUCUUUAACAACAUUUCGCUCGCGUUCGUGGGCUUCAUUCCGUUCUGCUCUUCGCUGAUUACGGACUUUGCGACAACUGCGAGCUUUGGUGAAAUUAUUGUCGUCCAGCUUGCGGCGGGAACCAUCUUUAUUGCCGCCAUGUUCCAAGCAGGCAUUUGGGUGUACGUGCUGCUGCGUCCGCGAACCGCUCACACCAAGAUGCGCAUCCUGAGCGAAGAGGCCGAGCUGAGCGUUGACAUUCGGUUUUACGUUUCCCUCAAGGUGGUGAUUAUUCCGCUGAUUUGCAGCAUUGCCUUCUUGGGCUCGUUUGCGAGCUACACGAUUGGGUACAUUGGCUUGCAGAUGGCCUUCUUUGUCACCCCGGUGCUCUUCCUUCUCUCGCGCAUGUCCGCCGCUGGUGAGGUGGCCGAUCAUUACUAUGACGAGCAGUUUGACGAUCGAUCCGACAACGAGUCCGACGAAGAGCUCAGUGACGAUGAAGAUUUCGAGGUGAUCAACCGCAGCCGAGCGCUGCCGCGCCUGCUCGAAACAGUGCUGAGCGUUUCUGCUCGACCCAGUUCUCCCAGUCGCUCGCGCUCCCGACCUGCGACCCCCGUGCAGGUCUCGUCCACUCCGCUUAUCCCAACGAAUCGGUUUAGUAAUUCUACGACUGGAACUUCUGCCAACUCCCCGGUCGUUGGCGAAUCUGCUCGAUGACUGGAUUUCGUUCGUUCUGUUGUUUUGACUCUUGCUUUCGCAGCCUCCUUUGUGCGAGUCGUGACAAGGGUGGUUUAUCGCUUUCUUUUUUUUUUUCCUGGUUCUUUGAUGACAAUAAUGUUUG